UUCUCACAUAUUUUCAAUAUAAAUUUUAAUUUGUAAAGUCCAUAAUUUAAUGUAUAAAUUAGACAAUUUUAAAUAAAAUUCUGGUGUAAAAAAAUCUCUUAUCUUAACGCAACAAUCCUGAUUUUAGUGUAAAAUUUCAUGGUAUUUGGCCAAAAAGAAUUUUAAUAUGUUAUUAUAUAUUAUUUUUUAUCGCAUCUUCCUGUUCACCCUGUCAAUAGCAUGUGACUGUACAGUAUAUAACAACUACAAUAUAAAUGAAAAGAACAGUAGUAUAAUCGUCGACAAAUCAAAUAAUCCAAAUAAGUUACAUUACUCCUUAAAUAGCUCCAACUUCUCGCAAAUUAGCCCAAUUGAGGAGGACAAUGUGGAGAAUAUAGUAAAAUUCACGAGGCUGGUUUUGGAGGCUGAAACCAUCCACCUGAAGCUCAGCAACAUUUUAUCGGACUACUACUUUCGCAUAUUUCUGGUCAAUUUAGACUCAAAUUGCAAGUCGAAGCCAAGAAUUAAUUCAUGUCCCUCUCAAACUCAUUAUCUCUCACUCGAUAAGAAUAAAACAAAGAAUGGCGCUACACCUUUUAGUCUUCUUAAUACUCCAACUCCUAACAGUAAUAAAACUGAAGUUGCUAAAUGUCAUGUGGACAGAUGCAAUUCCCGUGAGGUACCGCUCAGUAUAAUGGGUAACAGGAAGGAGAAUUACGUAUUAAGGUUUAGCGAAGGCUUGGUUGGUAGCACUGAUGGGUUUGGGUUUAACAGAGACUUCCUGGUCAGGAGUAACUUGGUUCCAGACAACUGCGUUUUUGUGGAUUUGUUGAGAAAUCCUCCAUCAUACACUGGAUAUAAUGGUCAAGAUGACUGGAGAUUGAUGUAUGACGAGAUUGACAAAUAUGACAACAUGAGUUGUAAGGAGAGUUUACAUUUUUACAAGUUAAUUUCUGGCAUGCGUGGUGCAAUUUCAGCUUUUUCAGCUUUAAACUACGAGUGUACAAAUGCUUAUGAAGCUUACGAAGACCAGACUGAGUUACCCUCAUAUCAGAGUAACUAUCACUACUAUAACAACAAGUUAUCCAAACAUAAGGAUAGACUGGAGAAUAUCUAUUACACGUACAAGUAUAUUUUAUCGGCAGUGGUCAGGUUAAAGGGAUACCUGGACAAUUUUAACAGUAAUUUACAGUUGGUAAAUAAUGACUUAUAUUUACAUUUGAAAGAUUUUUUAACAUUUAUCAAUAAAAGUAAUAUCACCACUGAUUCCAACGGCUCAAAUCACAACAAUUUACAAACAGAAUGUGGUAAAGAGAUGGUUGAGAAGUUUGAUAGAUUAAUAGAACUAGUGAAUUGUGUCGAGUGUGAAAAGUGCAAAUUGCAUGGCAAAUUAAAGUUAUCAGCCAUACAAACUUCUAUUAAGAUAUUAAUGACUGAUGUGGAUAAACUUGGCGAAUUGGACUUGAAUCGGAAUGAUUUGGUUGCUUUAUUUCACGGAUUAGACUACUUUGCUCAGUCAAUUCUGAUCAUUGAGAGAUUUGAACAACACAAGAAACGUAGAAUAAUGCUCUAUCCUCUCAGGUUCCUGCUCGGAUGCCUACUAGCCAUUGUUGUAAUAUAUAAACAAGAAAUCCUAUCACUACCCAUUUUUAAACUGUAAUAUACUCUCAAAACUA